AUGUCUUUUCCGCCGGUUGACUAUACAUUUCCACCACCGCAGCUAUUUGUAUCCCCAUCGCCAGUUACGUCUAUAUAUGGAGAACCGCCACCUAUCUCUGAAACGCCACAACAACCGAUGUUCAACUAUCCUCCUCCAACUUUAAGACCUCCUCCUCCGCCUGCCUAUCCUAUUGAUAUACUACCUCCUCCUUAUGUGCCACCCCCACCACCCAGCUUCCCACCACCGGCAUAUGUACCUCCUUACCCACCUGGCUACCAUAGCAAUGAUUAUUACUAUCACCAAGCAACAGCCGCUGAAAAUCAAUAUUAUCAAGAUUGGAAAGCAGAAGAAAUGAGCACACAAAUAUCACCUCUCAGAACUUUAGAAUUUAAAAAUCCACAAAACAAGUAUGAGUAUAGUUCAAGGUCUCAAUAUAGUCCAAGAAGAGAGAGAAGCCAUGAACGAGAAAGGCGAUAUAGAAGUAGAUCUAUGCGCAGUCGUUCUCGCAGUCCCAGUUACAGAAGUUCCAGAGGUGGUGAGGAGAGAUAUUCUAGAUCACGAGAAGAUGGGAGAGACUAUGACAAUAGAAGAUAUAGAAGUGAGCGUCGCAGCUGUGAACGAGACCAUAGGUCAUAUAGCAGGAGUGAACGAGAUAGAUAUGAGGAUAGACAUAGACAUUCAUCAUAUAGAAGCCGGGAACGAUCUAGUUGCUCAUAUCGAUCAUCUAGUCAUAGGCCAUUGACUGACAGGGAGAAGAUUUUGGAAGACUAUAGGAAAAACUAUUGUAAAACAUCAGAGGACUUUAUAAAAAAAAUGGAGAAGUGGUCUAAAGAGCACAAUUCUGAUGAAGAAGAGAACUCAAAAAUGUGGUAUAGAAGUUCACCAGCUGAGUUAUAUUAUAAACCAAUAAAUGGUGGUGAGGGUGUGGAACAAACUCGUAAACUAGAGAAAAUCUGUCAAAAUUCCCUCAAAUAUCUAAUACAUAGAGGUCAAAAAGCACGACCUGAAGUGGAUGAGUUGCCUCCGCUGAAACCGCAAAAGGCUAAGAGGUGUAAACAUUCUGAUGAUGAUAGCUCUUCAUCAUCAUCUUCAGAAGAGGAGGACUGUCUAGAUGAAGAGAAUCUACAAGGGUAUACUGAUAGAAUGAUGUUAGAGCUACAAAGGAAGCAAAGUCAUCCAAGAAGACUUCAUCCAGAAUUAUGGUUCAAUAAUACGGGCGAAAUGAAUGGUGGCCCAUUAUGUAGGUGUAGCGCGAGAGCACGGCGUUUCGGUAUACGACAUGGAGUUUACGCUGCCGAAAAGCAAUUCCCCAAAUGCGUGCCCAUGCAAAGUAAUAUUGAUAGGCUGUAUCACUAUCGAAUAACAGUGUCGCCUCCCACCAAUUUCCUCAUAAAAUCACCGACGAUUAUAAGUCACGACGAACACGAGUUUCUAUUUUCUGGCUUUUCUAUGUUUUCCCAUUAUAAACUGGCGAAAUUACCCACGUGUAAAGUAAUAAGGUUCAAUAUUGAAUACACUAUUUUAUACAUCGAGGAGCCUGCCCCGAAGAAUUUCACUAUUCAGGAGUUGGAUUUGUUUGAGGAGUAUUUGUUCAAAGAAUUAUUGGAAUUAGUCGAUUUGGAUCUCGGUAAAGGAACUGACACGAGUUGUUCACAAUUUCACUUUAUGCCGAGAUUUGUACGAUACUUGCCGGAGGGUGGUUGUGAGGUUUUAUCAAUGUGUGAAGUACUGAGAUAUUUGAUAGAGGAAAGCAAUUUGUUAAUACCACCAGAAUCGCUUGAAGACGUGCACAGAAUGGAUCAUUAUCAUUGGCAGAAGUUCGUUGAUAAGAUAAAAGGAAUGAUAGUGACUUAUCCGGGUAGAAAACCCUGUUCGGUCCGCGUGGAUCAAAUAGAUCGAAGUCCACCCUCGAACGUCAAUGACCCUGACGACGUUAAGAAGUUUUACCCUGAAAUCGUACAUUUUGGGAUAAGGCCCCCACAAUUGAGUUACGCUGGGAAUCCUGAGUACCAAAAAGCAUGGCGUUACUACGUAAAAUAUCGCCACUUAAUAGCGAAUAUGGCUAAGCCAUCUUUCACUGAAAGGCAAAAGCUCGCAGCAAAAGAAGCGAAAUUACAAGAAAUGAGGACGCAAAGUAAAAUGAAGCGUGACGUCACUGUAGCUAUAUCCUCGGAGGGAUUCCACACUACAGGGCUUAUGUGUGAUGUUGUACAGCACGCCAUGUUGAUACCGGUACUCGUCCGCCAUUUACGAUUCCACAAAUCGUUGGACAGCCUAGAAGAAAUAAUAGGGUACAAGUUCAAUCAACGCGCGUUGCUCCAAACGGCGUUAACUCACCCAUCGUAUAGGGAGAACUUUGGGACUAACCCAGAUCAUGCUAGGAACACCUUAACUAAUUGCGGCAUACGGCAACCGGAAUAUGGAGAUCGGAGGAUACAUUAUACUAGGAAGAAAGGUAUCGUGACCCUUAUUAACAUAAUGUCCCGUUUCGGUAAAAGCAAUGAGACGGAAUCGGAGAUUAAACAUAAUGAACGUCUGGAAUUCUUAGGAGAUGCAGUUGUAGAAUUCAUAUCUUCUAUUCAUUUAUUUAAAAUGUUCCCGGGAUUAUCUGAGGGAGGACUGGCUACUUAUAGAGCUGCCAUCGUUCAAAAUCAACAUUUAGCGCUAUUGGCUAAGAACAUGGGCCUAGAGCAAUACAUGUUAUACGCCCACGGAUCCGAUUUAUGUCGUGAAGUGGUGAUGCGUCACGCGAUGGCCAAUUGCUUUGAGGCGCUCAUGGGCGGAUUGUUUCUCGAUGCUGGCUUAGAGGUAACAGACCGUGUAUUUGCUCAAGCUCUGUGGCACAACGAACCCAAUUUAUAUGAAAUAUGGAUGAAGGAGCGGGCGCACUCGUUGCAAGAACAAGAGCCACUAGGAGAUCGACAAUACAUCAAGGACUUUGAAUUUCUACAGAAGUUAACUGUUUUUGAGGAAUCUAUAGGUGUGAAGUUCAAGCACAUCCGUCUCCUAGCCCGAUCCUUCACAGACCGUUCUGUGGGUUUCACGAACCUUACGCUGGGCUCCAAUCAGCGUUUAGAGUUCCUCGGAGACACUGUACUCCAAUUGGUCGUGUCUGAUAAGCUCUAUCGCCAUUUUCCUGAUCAUCACGAGGGACACUUGUCUCUACUCCGAUCAUCCCUAGUCAACAACCGUACCCAAGCGAUGGUUUGUGAUGACUUAAAUAUGUCGGAAUACGCGAUUUACAACAAUCCAAAAGCCAAACCGACGGCUAAGAAGCAUAAAGCUGACUUAUUAGAGGCGUUUCUUGGGGCACUUUAUAUUGAUAAGAAUUUGGAGUAUUGCCAGGUGUUCUGCGAUGCGUGUCUGUUCCCUCGUCUUCAGGAGUUCAUAAUGAACCAAGGCUGGAACGACCCCAAGUCGAAACUGCAGCAGUGCUGUCUCACUCUGCGAUCUAUGAAGGGAGGGGAACCGGAUAUACCAUUCUACAAAGUGAUCGAAUGCCUCGGCCCAACAAAUACACGCGUAUACACAGUGGGCGUGUACUUCCGCGGACGAAGACUGGCGGCGGGACGUGGUCACUCCAUACAAGAGGCCGAAAUGAACGCGGCUAAAGAGGCAUUAAGCUGUGCUCACGAAUUAUUUCCACAAUUGGACCACCAAAAGCGCGUAAUUGCUAAAAGCAUGCAGCUUAAAAAGAAGCGUCAAAAACCCGACCUAUUCAUUAAAGCAGAGGAAGACGUACCAAAAGCAUAUAGAACUGACAACAAAUUGGAAGACAGUUCUUCCGAAGAACCGGCUUCGGAUGCGGAAGCACCGAAAUCUGAUGAUGAUAAAUCUGACGAUGAGAAAUUUGAUGAUGAAAAAUCUGACGAUGAAAAUGAGAAAGCUGGUGAAGGUUGCGGUCUGGAAAGUGAUGAAAAUGCAGAUAAGUAUGAGAAUGUUCAAGUGAGCAGUCUUUUAAGUGAUAUGGAGAAGCUCAAACAAGAUUUAAUAGAUAGGAAUGAGUAUGACAAGUUAAAGGAGAAAAUGUGUAAGAAGUGUGAUUCAGACUCAGAUUAA